AUUUCUUAGGAUGACGUUAUGUUUCCUAAUUCGUAGAAGCAAGAUUAAGUAGAUGCUUGAAUAUCAGUUUACAUUAGUCAGGCGGAAGAAAUUCAACACAAAUGAAUUACACUUACCUUACCCGCCAGAUUUGAUAAUUGCGGUACUAGAAUGUACAACUCCAGGUCUCCGCACAGAAGUCCAUGGAGUUCGAGUAGUCCUAGUGCAAGACAAGAUAAUUUUCAGAGACCGAGAUUUACUGGCCCACCUAGGGAAACCGCCCGUGUACAAUAGCAAAGAGUAGUUACUACAGUGAAAUGAUUUUAGACCAAACAAUUCGAUCUCUCAGAGUUACAAAUGAAUGCUGUUGAUAAUCUUCUCUGUAAUUUUCACUCUGAUUCAGUAUGAGGUCACGGUUAAGUUUGUGGUGAAACCUGCAACGAAGGUUAUGGGUGGUAUCUAUUUGAAACACUGAGCACUGUAACUUAUAUUGUUGGGUUAUAUUGACGACAGAGCCAAACACACAUUAUAAAUAGUGGAUCAAGUAACUGGUACUCCUCCAAUUUCUGGUUUGCUUUCCAUAGCUUCUCCUAAAUACAACUGAGACUUCUUUUUGCAGCAUAUUAGAGACAUAUCGUACAUAAUUCACUUUUGACAUAUAUAUAAUUGCUAAACGUUAGUUUUAUACAAUGUCACUUUUUACGUAGGAGUACAUGACCGGCUGCUUGAAGUCAUGUGACUGUAGUAUACAUCCUAAACGGUUGGUAAUGUGAUAAUAAUAAGCUAAAUAUGAGAUAAUUGAUAAUAUUGUUGGUAUUUGGUCAUUCCGUUGCCCGGCGAAGUGUGAUUUUUAGUACGAAUUCCGCAUGACCAAAGUAUGCAAAAUGUUUACGGAUCCAGUCUACCAGUACUGACACUGAAGAAACAAAAUAUGAAGUUUUUCACAUUAAUUCAAGGAAAUGUAAUUAUGAGACUAUCUUCUCCUCGAAAUAUGCCUAACUUUUGUUGGCAAAGUCAACCUUUAAGCAGCAGUAAGUGUCAGGGGAGUGCGACUGCAGCAAUGACCUUGAAACGCCCACUGAGCAAGUUAGUGAAACCUGGUAAAUACUAUUUGAAUUAUGAAUAAAAUAUGCUUAGUGAAGUGUCAUUUCAUUAAAUGGGAUAUCUGACAUGUUUCAUGUUAUUUUCGGGAGAAAUUAAGUAAAGGUUUCGGCUAGUGACAGGUUAGGGUUAGGUCAACCUAAUGAGGGCAACGGAGCUGGUUCGAGUUAGAUUGGAGUUAGUUUAGGAAUAUUUUUGCGCUUUAGGUUUAGGUUAAGGAAAGAUUAGGACUAUUGUUAGGGUAAGAAAACCUAGAUAACUACAUGCAUGUAAUGUUACUUUGGUGAUGCUGCAAUCCACAACCGAGUAUUUUUGUCACACGUCAGGGAAAGGCAUCCCUUGCCUGCUCUUUUGAUUCAUUAUUUUUGUGAAUAUAUGUUUUAUAGGCGAACAUUGCCUUUAUCGUGUAGUAGGUUAUUUCAAGAUCAUCUGUCCACUGCUGUUUACUGGUGCUCAUAGUUUAACUUUGCUUUUCUGCUUUUUCUCAGUGAUUUGUGUGGCUUGUGAUUUGUUUGGAAUUCUUCAGUACUUGAUCGCUUACAUGAGUUUAUAGGCUUAUAAAUGAUAUCCUAAAGCAUUUUGUGAGACCUCCACGUGCUUUCUUUACUUAAAGAAAUCUGUUAUGUUGUUCUUGCGACAAUUGAAGCCAAUUGUUGUAGCAGUCUGAUUGAAUAUUGUGGUAGUCAUAUCAACUUUUUUUUUAUUUCUGUACGUUCCCAGUGGAACAUGACUGACUGGUUUCUACAUAGAACUUUGCACCUACGUGCAGCACUUCAAGUCGCCACACUUCACUCAGCACAGAAAGCCAGAGAAAAAAGUUAGUUGGAUAUAGGGCUUCAAAUUUCGGUAGCAGUGGUGUUCAUUUCUACCUGAAGGGCUUGCUAGCCUCAUGCCCGACCUUCCCUCUUUACCGGUCUUAUCACUGGCUUAGCUAUGUAGAGGAAUGCUUCAGCCGGGGAUCAAACCCCGGAGCAAAUGCGUGGUCGGCGAGCAUUCUACCGCUGUGCCGCUGACGCACAUAUCUGCUUAUUCGACCAUAGUUCUGUGUUAUGCGGCUAUAUUGAUAAUUAAUCAAUAAAUGUAGAGAUGUUUUUGAAUUUAGUGGUCUGUAGUAUUAUUUCUGCCUUAAGUCUCUGUUAGAUGUCUAUUUUGUCUGUUUGGUCGGUGGGUCCUCAUUCCAUUUAGUGCUUCUGGACAUUAAGUAGCCUCAUAAGCUUUAGUUUCAUGUUGUAUCGUUUGGUGUAUAAGACGGCACUUGCUUUUUAGUAGUCAUCGGUUAACUCUGAGGACCUAUCGCUUUUUGAUGGCACCUCAAAGCCUCAUGCAAAGGAAUUUACCGUCUUCGCUUUCCAGGACGGUGGAGACAACUUACUAUAUGCGUUAACUAAGGUAUCGGGUGGCGUCUAGGAAUCAGAGGUAGUCCCGUCGGGUAGGUGUAACUCAUUGAUUAUCCUGAUGUACAUGAAGGGAAACAAGUCUUCCUAGGAUAAUUACAUGGGUAUUAGCUUGACUAAUAUGGUAUCUAAAGUUCUGGGCCCAAUAAUAAUGCGUAGACUAAGCGGUGCUCGGGAGGAACAAACACCAGAGAACCAGGCAGACUUCAGACCAGGAAGAGAGUAUAUUGAUCAAAUCUUCAGCCUUCGACAGAUUCUGGAACAUAGGCGUGCUUACCGGUGUGCAAUCGUCAUAUUUCUUAACCUAAAGGCAGCAUUCGAUUGUGUCAACCGAGAGGUACUAUGGCGAUGUUUGGUUGUGAAGGAAGUGCCGAGAAAAUACGUCGCACUGACCGAGACACUCCACUCAAACUCAUACAGCCAGCCAGAUCUCCAAUUACUUUAACUCCACCUUUUGGCAAUGAAAGAUUCCCUCGGUAUCCACAAGACCCUUCAUUUCAUUGGAGUUCACCACCUCCUGUUAACUGUUCACCUUAUCGAACUAACAGUCCCGCGAGAUAUGGUACGCCAAAUUUUAACCAGUCAUCAUAUCAACAAAGCUUUUAUUCUCCUAUGAGCUCUUAUGCUAUACCAGGCUCAUCAUGCUUACCUAACUGCAAUUCACCUAUGAAUAUGCACUAUAAUUCAAUAUCCAGUGGUUCAUAUUCGACUGCACAAGAAGAUUUAAGCUGGAAAUACGAUACAUCCUACUCGAAUUCUUCACCAUGUAAUGUCAACUCAUGUUCACCAAGAAACAGUAACAGAAAAUUUGGUGAAAACCGUAAUCAUCCAGUGAAAAAUUGGAUUGUUGCCAGCUUAUCAGAUCCUUGGGAAGGCUUGAAACCAGUUCGUACACCACUGUCGGGUUAUUUAGUUGAUAAACCACCUGCCCAAACACAUACUAUUCUGUUUGCUCCUCAUGAGCGUCGAAGAAAAUUGGAGCUAGAUAAUGGUGAAAAGAUUACAGUUAGUCCAACAAAGAGAAUACAACUAGUCUGUUCAGAUUGAAUUUGUAACUUUUAAAGUGUUUUUUAUUUCACGUAUAUUUAUCAUUCCUAUAUAUAUAUAUAAUAUUUAUUUUUGUACAGUAGUUAUUACCAGGUUUUCGAAGUCUUCUUCUGAUUAAUAAAUUAUUAUGUAUACCUAUUCUUGAGCUACAAUCUUUGACUCUAUAUUAAUUAAAUAUUUGGUGCGCUAACUCCAUACAAGAACUUGUAAGACAUGGCUUCGUCCUCAAGUUCAAUACAUUUGAAGAGCAUCCUCAUGUUGUAUCUUCAUCUUUUCUUCAGGUGUCAGUUGUAUUAAAAAUAGGAUGUGAAAGUCUGUAAAAAACAUUUGUG